AUUUUACAUCUGAACGGCUUCGGAUAUUUAUGUAAUUUUAGGAUAAAGCAUAAUUUAUAAAAAAGUGUAGAUAAAAUUAAUUCAUUCAUAUUAUUGGAUUGAUUUUCAUGUCAAUAAUAAAUUAUCUUAUUUAUUUAAUUUAUUUAACAUAAUAUGAGUGAUACUUUUAAAAAGUUAAGAGAACGAUCACAAAAACGAAAAAAACUGUUAGUGCAAACGUUAGGAGUUUCUGACACAAGUGAGUUGCGACAAGCCUUAGGAUCAUCUUUUGAAGAUAGCACCAAAAAAUAUACAAGGGAUGAUGGGAAUCGAACAUCAAAUAAAUAUGCUUCUCUUAGAAUAUCGGAUAAAGAAAGUAGUGACAGCAUUGUUUAUACAGACUCAUCAACAUUUUUAAAGGGUACUCAAUCAUCAAACCCUCACAAUGACUAUUGUCAACAUUUUGUUGAUACUGGACAGCGCCCUCAAAAUUUUAUACGCGAUGUUGGUCUAGCAGAUCGUUUUGAAGAGUAUCCUAAAUUACGAGAACUAAUUAGGCUUAAAGACUCUCUAAUUGCAGAAACAUCCACACCACCAAUGUUCCUGAAAUGUGAUUUAAAGACUUUUGACUUGAAAACCUUGGGUUGCAAAUUUGAUGUGAUUUUAAUAGAGCCACCACUUUUGGAAUAUCAACGAGUCAGUGGCGUUGGUGGAAGUACAGUUGGAAGUAGUAAUGCUACUGUAACCUGGUCAUGGGAGGAUGUUCUAACACUUGAUAUUGCAGAAGUAGCAGCUCAAAGAAGUUUUGUUUUUCUAUGGUGCGGCAGUUCGGAAGGGUUGGAUAUGGGAAGAGAUUGUUUGAGAAGAUGGGGAUUUCGUCGUUGUGAAGAUAUUUGUUGGAUUCGAACAAAUAUAGAAACUCCUGGACAUUCUAAAAAUUUGGAAAAUGGAGCAGUUUUUCAGAGAACAAAAGAACAUUGUCUUAUGGGAAUUAAAGGAACAGUAAGAAGAUCUACAGAUGGUGAUUUUAUUCAUGCAAAUGUAGAUAUUGAUCUUAUAAUUUCUGAAGAUUCUCCUUUUGGUAAUCAUGAAAAACCUACUGAAAUAUUUCAUAUCAUUGAACAUUUUUGUUUGGGAAGAAGACGCUUGCACUUGUUUGGAAGAGAUUCUACUAUAAGACCUGGUUGGCUUACAGUAGGACAAGAGUUAACAAAUAGUAAUUUUAAUAGUGACCUGUAUCUGAGUUAUUUUGAAUCAGGUACCACCACUGGAUGCACAGACAGAAUUGAGUCUUUAAGACCUAAAAGUCCCCCAGCUUCUUCAAAAAAUGCUCCCAGAGGCAGAGGCAGGGGCACAUUCAAUCGUGCAAGAGGCAGUGCUAGAGGACGUUAGGAAAUACACCAAUAUGCCUAAAAAUAAUACAUUUGUUAUUGAUAAUUCAUCAAUAAAUGUCAACAAUAGUAGGCUGUAUUUUUAAGCUUAGAAUAUUUUUAUAUUUUUUAUGGAAUUUUAUUUACAAUGCAUCUACUAAAAAAUUAUAACAUUAAGUAGUGGAUAAAGUAAUUAUAUAAAAUGAAUUACUUGAUAGAAUUAUCAGCACUUGAUA